GUUUUCUCGUUGCCACAGAGAAGAUGUUGAGGUUCGUUGUCAGUUUUCAGGCGUCGGUCGGCGGGUGCUGCGCUGGGAAUUGGGAUGAAGUGGCCGUCAGUGCUGUGUUAUCCUGGCGCUGCGUUUAGCCCUUUCUUUUUUGAUGUAUGAUUCGAAAUUGUACGGUAUACGGUAUCAGGGAUACUGGACAACGUUUUAAUGUUUGUUUUUUUUCUCGGCACCCGUUGCUGGCCUUUCGGUUAACGGUUUUUGUGCCUUCAUUGCAAUGGGAAUGCAUUACGUUUUCCCUUUAAUGUGUAUGUGACUGCUGUGUGGUGCCGUAGGAGAGGCCAGCCGGACAGAUAGUAAGGCUGCCUUGGGUUAAUACCGGCCGGUGUAGUCAGUAGUGUGAUAGUCAGGCUCCCUGUACGCCCACAGACCGCUGCCGUCGUACAUGUCCUGACAUCCAGCUUCCUUCCCGACGUAUUACGUUGAACAAGUCAAACAAGCGUCGGUGUGACGGGCCGGGUGCGUCUGAAUGACUCGGUACCGUUACCCGGCACCUCGGUAAGCCUGCCGCCCCCGCUACGACCGUCGCCCUCCUCUCCGCGGAGCAGCCGGACAGACCCCUGAGAAUGCACACCAGCCGCAGCCCGGCCUCCCUCCCCGGCGGCCUGGCAGGCGAAGCCCUGGACCUGAGCCUCACCGGCUCCCAGCUCACGGUGACCCGCCGGCCCAGCAGCGCCUCGCCCGGAAAACACCUGUCCCGCUCCGUGUCGGUGUCGGCUGCCAGCGAGGGCCGAGGCAAGCGCAACACACUGGCUGAAGCUGGACUGGGCGCUUCCCGGUCCAUCAAGAACCUGCGGCGGUCCAACAGUACCACUCAGGUGAACCAGCGGACGAACCUCACUAUCAGUGAGGACAAGAGCGAGGACUUGCUCACUUUUCUGGACAGCAGCUCGGAUGGCAGGAGGAAGCUGGCCAGCCUCGGCAAGGCGUCCCCAGACCGCACCACCUGGAACAUUCUGGACGACCAGCCGCGGACCUUCCCUGUGUCCCCCAGCACACGCAGUGCAGGCAGCCUGGACUCACCCACGGGCCAUAAGAAGAGGGAGGUGGGCGUGGCACUGGCAGCCAACUUCACCGCCAACAACAGGAGCAACAAGGGCGCCGUGGGAAACUCGGUCACGCCCAUCCUGCAUAACAACCACUCCGAGAAGCCGCUCACGCCCAAGAGCUCCAAUCAGAAGCCUUCCUUCAACAACCUCAUCAAAGCCACGGCAAGCGAUGAGGGCCCCCCAGAGGGUGGGUCUCUCACCAAGUCCCAGAAGAACUUCUCCUCCUCGCCGUGCUCCAACAGCAACGUGCCAUGCGGCAGCCCCUCCCAGUCUCGACGCCGUGAGGUCACCGAGGAGGAGGCCGAGAGGUUCAUCCAGCAGGUGAACCACGCUGCCAUAACCAUCCAGCGUUGGUUCCGGCGGCACUCUCAGAGGCAACGAGCCGGCGAAGCCGCCCUCCGCCGUCUGCUGGCUGCCAAGAAGCGGGAGCGGGAGCAGAAAGUGGAGGAAGGUCGAAAGACCCCAGAGCUGCAGAAGAAGAAAGACGAGGACAGGAAGCGGAUCCGUGAGGAGAAGGCACGCUUGGCCCGGGCUGCCGCCAUACAGUGCAGCGCACUAGUGACACACACCAACAUGAACGUGGCAGAGCAUCCGGCUGACACAUCCAACCUGAGGGCGGGGUCUCCCACCACCUCGCAGGGCCGGGGCUCCCGCUGCUCUCAGGAACUCCUACAAAGGACCGUUAGUAUGGAGGACCAGCAGCAGGUUGCACCGUCGAGUAGAACGCAGUCCAAGACCACACUGAAUGACCUGCUGGACACCCUGAAGCUACUGGAGGAGGACCCAAUGGAGCCCAAAAGCUACAAGAAGGACAAGUACGCCUGGAUUGACCAGGAAAGAGACCCCAUCUCUCUGACAGCGGAUAACCUGGAGCGCCAUGGUCAGCUGAGUCAGGUGUCUGUCCUGCCAGAUGGGGGUGCCCUGCUCUCCGAGGCCAAGCUCCAGAGCAUCAUGAACUUCCUGGAUGAGAUGGAGAAAUCGGAGCAGGAGCGCCCUCGCUCUGUCACCUCGGGCUCCCACAGAGAGGGGCUGCUGUCGGAGGAGGAGCUGGCCGGCGUGGACCAGGCGUCUGCCACAGCGGCCGAGGUCACCAGCAACAUGAUGAGGUUGAAGCUGGAGCUGGAGGAGAAGAAGCGCUCCGUCACAUUGCUGCAGACCGCGCUGGCCCAGCAGCGGGAGCUGACAGCACGUCACGUCAAGGAGACGGAGAAGGAGCUGAAGCGUAACUUCCAGCUGCAGAAGGAGCAGUACGAAUCCACCAUCCAGAGACACCUGGCCUUCAUAGAUCAGCUGAUUGAUGAUAAGAAGGCCCUAAACGAGCGCUGUGAGACCGUGGUGGCUGAGCUCAAACAGGUGGACCAGAAGUACACCAAGAAGAUCGCCCAGAUGCAGGAGCAGCAUGACCUGGUGUGGCACAUUCUGGGUCCGUUGUGUGAGGAGAUCAAGAAACUGAAAGAGCUAAUGGGCACCACAGAGAGGAUUCGACGUGAGAAGUGGAUCGACGAGAAGACCAAGAAGAUCAAGGAGAUCACAGUGAAAGGUCUGGAGCCUGAGAUCCAGAACCUGCUCUCCAAGCAGAAGCAGGAGUUGUCCAGGCUGCGGGCGCUGCACCAGGCCGAGCUGCUGCAGGCUGAUGAGCGCGCCGCCCAGCGCUACGUGCGGCAGAGCGAGGAGCUACGGGCGCAGCUGGAGAGGGAGCGGGACGAGUGCUGCCAGAGGGAGCGCGAGCUGGCCAAGCAGAGGUUCGAGAAGCAGCUGCAGGAGGAGGAACAGGCUCUCCAGCAGCAGAGGAGGCGACUCUAUAAGGAGGUGGCAGAGGAGAAAGAGAGACUGGCCCAGCUGGCAACCAGGCAGCGCGCCGAACUGGAUGACCUAAGGAGGCACCUGGAGGAAAACAGCACCCUGGCCAGACAGGCCCUCCGCGAGGAGCUGGAUAAGUCCCGCGAGGAGCAGGAGAGGCGGCAUCAGGCGGAGCUGAAGGCCUUGAAGGAGCGGAUGGAGAUUGAGAAGCAGGCCUGGGAGGAGAACUACAUGAAGAAGGAGGAAACGUGGCUGCUGAGCCGUGAGCGGGAGCUGAAGGAGGAAGUGCUCAGGGGGAGGGAUAAGGAGAUCGAGCUGGCCAUCCAGAGGCUGGAGGAGGAGACCAGCGAGGCUCGGGAGGAGUGCGAGAGGGUGGCAGAGAACCGGAUGAAGCGGGUGCGGGAUAAGUUUGAGGCCGAGCUGUGCGAGAUGGAGCGCUCGGAGAGGACGGCGCAGGACAGGUGCCGGGAGCUGAAGCAGAGGCAGGCUGAGAUGGAGGCCGAGAUCCUGCACCUGCAGGCCGUGCUGCGGCAAAAAGAGCAAGAGGUGCAGGACGUCUCCCAGGUGCGGGACAAGCUAGCGGAAGAGCGCCGCAGUCUGUCCGAAGUGAUCCGACAAGAGUUCGCUGAGCGGCUGGUGCUCACCGAGGAGGAGAACCGGCAGAUGAAGAUGGAGGUUUCGGAGCUGCGGGCACGACUUCGCUUGGGGGUGGAGAGGGUGGCUCGUGAGAAGGAGGAGGAGCUGACCGAGGUCCAUCAGCGGGUGAAGUCGGCCAUCCUGAAGAAGGACGAGAUGGUCAGUAACCUCCGGAAGCAGUACGAAGCUGCCGUUAAGAGGGCCGACCACCUGGAAUCCCUGCUGGAACAGCAGCGGAAGCAGCUUCUGGGCAAAUGAGGCGGUGUAGACGUCAUCUCAGAGAAGCCCCGCCGACAGCCACAGCCCCCACCCUGUGUCCUCUCAGCUAGCUGGAUGUUCCUGACCGAUAGUCUCUAGGGCUUCAGCAAACAUUUAUCCAUAUUUAAGUAUGAACAGGGGCUGUGCCUCCCUGACACCACCGGAGAUUCAGGUGGGAUCCGCAGGCCCCUCCUCCGCCCUCACGCUCCAGGGUAAGACGGCCCCUGUCAGAAAUAAAUGGGGGGAGGUGGUGGUUCUGUGGGACAAGGAAGGAGAGAUCAUUGGUGGGGUAGGGAGGGCUGCAGCUGGAACCCCCCCCCCCCCCAGCCUGGCCCCGAGGACGCUGUGCCGGUUUCCAUGGCAACAUGCUGGGAAGGACACAGCAGUCUUUCUGGAGCCCAGAGGAAUCGCAGGGGAGGGGCUGGUUUACAGUUUUACCAGGGACACCAAAACAUUCCGUCAGAGGACAAUGAAGUGGAGCUAAAGGCGGAGACAGUGACUCGUGAUCGUGUGCCGCACCUCCCCCGGUGAUCUGCUUAUGACUUUAUUUUUGGGUGCUUGUCAUGUCCCGAAGGGGGGGGGGGGGGGGGCUGGCUCUGCGGGGGCCCUCUGGCACAGAAGGGGCUUUCCAAAGCCGGCAUGCGUUUGAAUGAGAAUAUGGCCUUUUUCUGCGCUGCACAUAUCAUUUGACUCCGUGACCCUCUGGGCUUUUAAUAAUUACAAGAUUUCCAAAUUGGACCCCCCCCCCCACACACACACACACCCCAAUGAAGCAGUAGGGUCAUCACAGUGGGGACCGUUACUUUAGUAAUAGAUCUAAUCUCAUGUCUAAAAUAGUUUGGGACAUUGUGAAAGUGGACAGAAGAUGAAAUGGAAGAUACUGUUACUUGUGUUUUAAGGAAAUGGAUAGAUGGAGUCAGAUGUAUGACGGCUUAUAGCUAAUUAGUGGGUGCGGAAGGCCAGUCUUGGUGAGCGAGAGUGCUCUGAAUGAGGGGGAGGGGCUAUGGAAUGUAAGGAUGGGGGGUGUUCUGGUGCUGAGAGAUCUUCGGGGAUGCAGCUUCAGACAGAGCACGCAGAACUCUACACUUCAUGCUGGUAUCUUAGGGUGUCGUCCUUACUGGUGUGAAUACGCAGCCUCACUGAGCAGCCGGCACAGCCCAGAUAUCCACUACCUUACCAGCGGCCAAAGCCGUCCUGUCUUUAUUUCUUUUCUCUUUUUUGAGUUUUCCCUAUUCUGUAUGCAUUUCUCUCCAUGUCGGUACAUGUAAAUUGUGAAUACUUUGUAUUGUUCUGUAGUAAUCCAUUGGUAACGCAGAGAUUUCAUUAAAAAUAUUAGUGAAUUUUACAAAA